AUGGUUGAAUAGGAAUUACCUGAAUUCUUAGAUUAUUUAGACACUAGAUUCCAAUAGACGUAGGCAAUGAAAAAAUUUGACAAGGGCUAGAUUGAAAAUGAGAUCAUUACCACAAGUUUAUGUUUAUAAGAGCAGCAUGUCUAGUAAAAGAUGCUUAAAGACAUUAAGUCUGAAGCCAAGAUUAGAAUCGAACUUCUUGAUAUACCUGGUGCUUACCACUAUCUUGACCCAGAUUUCAUUAAAAUUUUCAAAGCUUUAACUGCAGCAGAGUCAUAUGAAAUUUUUGAGAAUAAGGCUAUAAAGUACUUGAUUGAUUUUAAUUUCCCAGUUGUAAGAAACUUUUUGCUCUUGCUCCUUAUAAUUCCUUUUACUAUUUUCCACAUUACUUUUGUCGUCUACAUGAAUGUCGUAUAUGAAAAAAGGACUGAAAGUUUAGGAUACGAAACAGCAAAUUAUAUCUUAGCCAUCUAUUAAGUCAUUAUGUGUGCUUACUUUUUGUUUAAUGAGAUGAGACAAAUAUACAACAUUGGACUUUAGUAUCUUUACUCAGUUUGGAAUUACAUUGACCUAUUAGCUCCUGCUGGUGUAGCUAUUCUACAUGGCAUUCAAUUUGCUGAGUUUAAAUAAAUAGAAAUAAAUUAAGACCUCAAUAGAUGCGUUUUAGCUAUUUCUACAUUUUUAAUGUGGUUAAAAUUCCUUUCAACUCUAAGAAUUUUUAAGAGUACUGGCUACUUGAUCAGAAUGAUAGUUGAGGUUAUCUAUGAUAUGGGAAUAUUCUUGUUUGUCUUACUUAUUACUGUAGCUGCUUUUGGAGACUCUUUCCUAAGAAUAUCAUGGGGUAAUGAAGAAGAAAAUUAAUUCACAACUUCAUUUGUCCCCGCUGUUCUUUUUGCUUAUUCUAUGAUUCUGGGAGGAUACGAUACUGAGGCUUUUGGUGAAGUUGUUGUUCCUCUCGUUUGGAUAUUUUGGGUUCUUUGCACUAUCCUCGACUUAAUUGUUAUGCUUAAUUUACUUAUUGCUAUCAUAUCUAGCACUUUUGAAAGAGUCAAUGAAAAUUAAGAAUAGGCAAGUUACUAAGAAAUGGCAUCACUUAUCUCAGAAAAUCAUUAUCUUAUUCCAAAAAGAACGAGGCAAAAAUAUGCAGAGCAAAAUGUAUACCUUUUAGUUGGAAAUGACUUAGAGAAAUUGAAAGACUUCAAGGAUCCAAUGGAUUAAAAAUUCUAAGAUAUUAAAAAUGAAGUCUAAGAGAUAAAAGCAACUUUGAGAGAAGAAAUCAAGCUUCAAGAGUAAAGAAAUCAAAAGGCUUUAGACACACAAAAAGAAUCUGAAUUAGAAAUAAAAAUGAAGAUGGGAGAGAUAAAGAUCUUAAUAUUUUCUUAAUAACCUGAGGAGAAAGUUAGAAUCAAAAUGCAUCCCAGAUUACUAACAAAAACUACUCUUUACUAAUUUAGAGAAAGAAUUUAAUAUGACAGCUAUAAGUGGGAUUGUUUUAGUAUAAAUUUCAGCGGGUGCUUGAGUGGAUAUACGGCAAAUGAAUUUAGAUAAGUAGAAAAUGAAUAGAUCUAUCAUUGCGCUGACUGCAACUUCGAUCUUUGUCUUAAAUGUUAUGGCCAAUAUGAAGUUCAUUAGCAUGAAUUGAAAAAAAUUACUUUUGGUGAACUAAGGAAAUAAGAACAUGAAUAUACUUCUUGGGGUUGCGAUGCACGCACCUUUAUAUCAUGCAACAUUGGCAAAGUCCAUGAUGAUCCAUUUGAAUAUUUAUAUGUUGAUUAUGACACUUAUCAUAUCUUCUGUCAAAGUUGCGUUAAGACACUUUAGAUUUCGAUUUGA